AUUGUCAGAGGUGGAGUUUGACUCUGUGGCCCAAAGCAAAUGCUGGAGGUGUCGGAGAGCUGAGCAGCAGAGCAGGCUGGACGAACAAUGCAGCAGAAAAGGAGGUGCCACGCAGUUGCUGGGAAGUAAGUGGCGGUUGCAAAGGACUCUGUCAUUAUCAAGGCGAGAGGAGGCGCUGUGAAAAGGAUAUUGCGGAGCCUCCGGUCGGAACAAAGCCGCUUGGUGGCAUGGACACUUAACAUUCCUCCGCUGCUGUGUCGUCGAAAUGCUCAGAGCUUAAACCCGCGCAUUCCCUGAAACGAUGCCGCUUUACCUCGACGACCCAAAGCGCCCUUGAGCACCUUUUUUGAGGGCAACGGCUGAAAAGGACGCUUGAACAGAGUCAACCUGUUCAGACUGGAAUAACAAUGCUGAAGUCAAAGGGUCAAAGCUUGGCGUGGCUUCCUCUCCUGCUUCUCGAAAUGUCUUGCAACGCUUCCCUUGUAAAAGUCAACAAGGCUUUAAAGGUGAGACGGGGUCAGUCGUCCUACCUCCAGGAAGGUGACCUGCACUUCCUUCUCCCGCUUCCAAAGGAUGCAUGCCAAGUGGAAGUGGUGUUAAAUGAACCCAUAACUCAACGAGUGGGAAAAAUCCUGCCUCAGGUAUUUAACUGCCAUUAUCGAGAGAAUGAGGUCAAGUACGUCCAUAAUGGCUCGCCGCUAUUAAUGGAGGACACAGUCAAGCUUCGGCUGUAUCGGUUCACGGAGACUGACACCUACACGGAGGUUUUUUCUCUCCACGUCGACAUCGUGGAACCCGAUUGCAGUAUCAUCAAGCUCGGACCUCAAUUUUUGCAAGUUCCAUUUUAUGGCAUCUCUGCGGACGUUGACGGCAAUGUGCUGUCCCUCCACUAUGAAAAGCGGUCCAGCUUAGAGUGCAGCAUCCAUCUCAAUAGCCAUGACACCAACCUGCCAGCUCAUGGGCAACUCGUUACUGGAAAGCCCAAGGAAGCCGUCAAACGAGGGGACGAGCCACUUCGCUACAUUGAGGAUCCGGUGAGAUGUAAUUCUGACGUCUGCCUGAAGGGAGUGAAGCAUGUCACGUUCCUCAAAGUUCCCUGCGAGGACUUCCUGCUGAUGGGGCUGAAAUACCAGCAUAUGACUCCUCCAUCUCCUGACAUUGACUACAUUGCAAUCAGGCUUGACCUCAAAGACACAAGGAGUGGCAACCUUUACCAGUCUGAACAGAUUUGGAUUCCGGUGCAGAUUACAGGCGGACUGGUGAACCAGUCGCCCGUGAUGUCAUUCAUGUCGACGUUCAUCUUGGAGGUGGACCAAUUCAUCCUCACGCCACUAUCCACCGCCACAUUAGACGGCAAAGAUGAGGAAACUCAGCAGGAGAGGCUAAUUUUUAACAUCACAAAAGCGCCUUCAGAUGGCUUCAUCACUCACCUCUCUGACCACACGCGCCCGAUCCAUUCCUUCACAUGGUUGGAUUUAAAUGGCAUGCUCAUUGCAUAUCAGCCCCCGAAUUCCACUCACACCCAGCGCAGGCACUUUGAGAUGGAAAUCGACGUUCAUGAUUUUUUCUUUGAGAAGAGCCCACCAAUGACUGUGCAAAUGUCCGUUCGGAAUGCAGACACCAAUGCACCCAGAGUUUCCUGGAACAUGGGUCUCAGCCUGUUGGAAGGCCAAUCACGUCCGAUAACAUGGGAGCAGCUCCAGAUUGUGGACAAUAACGACAUAGGCGCUGUCCGUAUCAUCACCGUGGAGGGCCUUCUGCAUGGAAGGCUGACCGUCAGAGGUGGAAAGGGUUUCAUGUUUACCGUCGGGGACAUCAAAGCCGGAAUUGUUUGCUAUCACCAUGAUGACAGCGACUCCACCAGUGACUUCAUCAUCUUCCGCAUCACCGAUGGUCACCAGCAGACCAGGCACAAGUUCCCCAUCAAGAUCCUCCCUAAAGAUGAUAGCCCUCCAUUCCUCAUUGCCAACAUGUUACUGGAGGUCUCCCAGGGUCAAACAACUCUGUUGAAAGGCACCGCCCUUCAGGCUUCCGAUGUGGACUCCAGCAGUGACUACAUCCUCUUUAACAUCACGAGGCCCCCGCAGGCGGGAGAUAUUGUGAAGUUUCCAGGACCAGGGCUAACAGGUUAUGUAGUCAGCAAGUUUUUGCAGCGGGACCUCUCUCAGUCCAUGGUUUAUUAUCGACACAAAGGGAAUGAGGUGCUUGAUGACUCCUUUGAGUUUGUGCUCUCAGAUUUCCAGGAUCCUCCAAACUUGUCAGAGCCCCAGGUAGUCAUGUUGCACGUUGAGCCGGUACCGCGCCAAGCACCUCGAGAGGUUCCUACUGCCAGACGGUGCCUUGUGGUCAAAGAGACCGACGUGGUCCAUGUAACACAGCAACACCUUCACUUUGUAGACAAGGACUCACCAGACAGCGAUCUGACAUACACGGUUACGACACCGCCUUUCGAUCGAGAUCGUCACAGCAGCGAGGAUGCAGGGAGGUUAUUCCUCGUGGACAGUCUACCCACAUUCACCAAAGACACCAAUGCGCCAGUGUUGAGGCUCUUUACACAGCAUGCCGUCAACUUCAUGAAAGUAGCUUACAUGCCUCCAACUGCGGACAUUGGUCCUUUUCCUCGAUAUAUCCAGUUUGGUCUCUCAGUCACCAAUCAACACGGCCACACACUUGAUGGGAUCUGCUUUAACAUUACUGUGAUACCCGUGGACAAUCAAUCGCCACAGGUAAUCACCAAGCCUCUAAUGGUCGACGAGGGUGGUGAGUGCUUGCUCGGCUCGGAGCACCUGCAGCUAUCAGAUCCAGACUCUGUUGAAGAAGCCUUGCGAUUGGAGCUUUUGGGGCAACCGCAGCACGGGGCGCUGCAGAUGAACAACUUUCCUCUAAAACCCGGACUGACCUUCACUGUGCAAGACCUGACAAGCCACAGAGUUAGGUACCGUCAUGACAAUUCAGAGACUCUGGAUGACCGCAUCAAUUUGGCUGCAACAGAUGGCACCAAUAAAAUCAGUUUCAUUCUGCAAGUGGAUGUAUCCCCGAUCAAUGAUGAGGUACCGGUGCUGGUUGCCGGUUUGAAACCAGUGCUCCCGUGCUCGGAGGGGCAGACAACAAUCAUUUCAGUUGAGUACAUCUCCGCAAUUGACGCGGACACCGAAAACAACAGCCUAGCCUUCCUGAUUGCGCGACAGCCUCGCCACGGCCUGGUGCUGAGAAACGACAUGGCCGUCGAUCAUUUCGUUCAGGCGGACGUCCUUGCAGGCAUGAUCAGCUACAAGCACUCUGGUCAGGAGAUCGGACUCACUCCGCACGGUGACAUGAUCACCUUUGUGAUUUCUGAUGGAGAAACAGAAAAAUCUGUGCUAUGCUGCGGUGGAAGAAACCCGAAAAUAGGAAGCAGAGAAAAAUCUCUGCCCGUGUACGACCUCCGCAUCACCAUUUCCCCCGUCAACAGCCAGCCACCCUCGCUGAAAAUAGGAGACAUAUUUGUGGUCGACGAAGGUGGGAGAGCCCAGGUAAACGCGAGUCAUCUGAAGGUGUCUGAUGCUGACACAGUCGUGGAUGAGCUGGUGGUCAGUUUGGUUACUCCGCCGCGGUUUGGCUACCUUGAAAAUGUUCUGUCGAGACCUGGCUUUGAGAAAAGCAACGUGGGUGUGAGCAUAGACUCCUGCUCUUACAGAGACAUCAUUGCCGGUCAGAUCAACUAUGUGCAGUCCAGGCACCAAAAACUGGAACCAACAAGCGAUCAGUUAAUCCUCCGUGUGUCAGACGGCAAAUUCAGCUCCACCCGUGUCACGUUCAACAUUGUUGUCCGCCCAACAAAUGACGAGCUUCCGGAGUUGGUGGCUCAGAAUAUGACGGUACAAGAAGGACACAAGAGGAAUCUGGACUUGUCUGUGUUGAAUGCGACAGAUCUGGACGUCCCCAAUGAUGUCUUGCGCUUCCAUGUUGUGAAACCCCCCCGGUAUGGCAAUAUCAUUCGUCACAUCGACACUGACACUCAUCGGGGGGCCAAUUCAAAAUCCAGUGUGGCUGACUUCACAAUGGCAGAGCUCUGGGUUUGUGUGUAUAACCUUUCACAAGGUCAUGAUGUGGCAUAUGUGCACGACGACUCUGAACAUCUGGAGGACGACUUUACCAUCCAGUUAAUGGACGGCAGACACAAAAUCCAGAGACAGGUUCUGGUGGAAGUACUUGCAGUCAACGAUGAAAAACCUCAUUUGAUCAGAAACAAUGGACUGGAGUUGGAACCAGGAGAGGCCAGACUCAUAAGCAGUGUAGCCCUCUUCGCACAGGACCAUGACACUCCCUCCUCGCAGGUCAUGUACAUUUUUGAGAGGGUACCUGCACAUGGACUCCUACAGCUUAAGCGUAUUCAAAACUGGCUGCUGCUGACAGUCGGGGAAAACUGCACCCAGGAAAUGGUGGACACGAAUCGUCUGCGCUAUGUGCACAAAGACCCGUUUGGUACGACAAUGCAGGACCUUUUUGUUUUCCACCUACAUGACGGACAGAAUCAGUCUCCCUCACAGCAGUUCAACAUAUCUAUCAAACAUGUGGAAAAAGGAACUAUCGCCAUGUUUGUCACGCCUGUGAAUGUUAACCGCGGCGGGCGCGUGGUCCUCACCACCGACGUGCUGUUUGCCACAGACCACGCGGACCGGCCUGACGAGCUGCUGUUUGUCGUUACCGUCCCGGCAGCUCAUGGCUAUUUGGAGAACACCAAGCAUCCCGGUGUCAGCAUCUCUGCCUUCAGCCAGAUGGACAUCGCCGCAAACUGUGUGGCUUAUGUGCACAACAACCAAGCUAGCACACCCACAGAAACCAUUCACUUUGUCGUUAGUAACAACCAGACAAGCCGAAAGGGAAUCUUGGAGUUGUCGGUGAAAAUGUUGGAUCAAAUCCCCCCGUCGUUGACCAACAAAGGCCUUGUCGUUCCCCAAGGGUUGGCCAUGACCCUGAGUCGAGACUGCCUGGCCAUGACCGACCCCGACACCCCACGGGGCGCCCUGGUCUUCAAACUCCGGCAUCCUCCUCGACACGGCGAGCUGCUUUUACGCGGAACCGCGCUGAUGAUGGGUUCCACUUUCACCCAGCAACACAUUGAGGAGUUGGAGGUCACGUACAAGCAUAACGGAGCGCAGUCCCAGAUCGACCGGUUCGAAUUCACCGCCACGGAUGGCACCAAUCGCGGGGUCCGGCUGGAUGGGAAGUUGCAUACGGAGCCGCUGCCGUUCAUCAUUCAGAUCAAGCCUUUGAAGAGGUCACAUCCAGAAGUUGUAAAGCUUCUCCCCCUUUGGAAAGCUGAGCUUUUAGGCGAUGGACGAUACGGAAUUUUUUUGUCAUCUCGGGAGCUCAAAGCCAAAAACACAAACGGCAAAGAAGAGGAGCUGAUCUUCGUCAUUGUUCGGCAGCCCUAUUUUGGCCACCUCGAAAAUAUCACGACAGGUGGUUUCGCCCGACAGCGUUUCUCGCAAUUGGAUCUGAACCGGAGAACAAUCGUCUACAUCGUCAAUCCGGAUAUGGAAUCUCUGUCAGACAGCUUGGAAUUCAGGGUGUCAGAUCGCCACGGAAACGCUGGGCUGUCUCACAUACUACAACUAAGCUGGUCUAGCGUUGAGCUGUCCCAGCCCGAAUACUGCGCCAACGAGGAGGAGAAAAGAGUCUCGGUGGAGAUCAUCCGGAAAGGAAAUGUAGCAGAGUCGUCAUAUGUCAAAGUCAAGGUGAACGAGGGGACUGCAACUGCGGGAAAAGAUUUCCUCUCAAGCUCAUCUUCCCUUCUCCAGUUUGAUCCAGGAGUCUCACUGAAGAUCUGGAACAUUGAAGUCAUUCAGGAUCAACUCGAAGAGGCAGAUGAAGUAUUUGAAGUGCUCCUCAUUUUUCCGGAAGGGACAGUUAUUGCCAGCGUCAAGAAAGCUCAAGUUACCAUAAAGGACACUGGAAGAGGGCAGUGCAAGCAAAACCAGCGCCAUGCAGCAUCUCUACUCACGGGAAAGAGCGGUCUGUCUGAUACACGCACUCAAAAUUCAUCUUGGAGCCUCAAGAAACCGUCACUUGCCAGCCAAUCACCCAUUCAUCAAGAAGGAACCUUCUCCAAAUCCAAAUCUAAAGGAAGAGGGGCAAAGAUCCGUGCGGUUAGCAGGUUAGCAGAAAGCUCUCGGAGAACAUUCCCUGAUGCCAGAAAAGGUGAACAUGGAAUAGCUGAUAGCUUUGUAGCUAAGCCGUGUUUGCCAGAAGUGAUGGGACUCCUGCAUUUCAACCAGACGACCAAUCAGAUCUUUCAGUGCAACGGUGUCUCCUGGAGAUCCUGGACGCCACCAAAGCAGAUGGCCAAAACUCCACCGUGUCCUCCGGGAUGGACCUUUCACAGUGGCCGCUGCUACAUCCUCAACAAAAGACACAAAACGUCAUGGAGCCGAGCAAAUCGAAGCUGUAAAGAGAGCUAUAAAGGCAACCUUGCAAGUGUUUUCUCAAAAGGUGACAUGGAUUGGCUGUGGGACUUUGGCGAGAGGAAACCAUUUUGGAUAGGCCUUAAUGACAGAGACGCCCAAGGGUCUUGGCGGUGGGAGGACGGAGAAAGUGUCACCUACAUGAACUGGAACAGGGCACCGUCGCCCUCAAUCGCGGAGGGGAACAAAAUGUGUGCCCUGGUGUGGAGGAGGGCCAAGUGGCAAAGGAGGCACUGCAAGACGGGCAAAGGCCACGGCUAUAUAUGCUCCAUCAAGAUUUGAAUGCAAAUGACGGCAUUCGAUCCAUGCCGUGGAAUUUUAGAACACACGUACAACCUCAGGAGGACUAAAAAUCCUCCAUAACAUUUCUUGCUUCUUUUUUUGUUUGUUUAUUUAUAUAAAUUCAAAUAAAUAUUUUCUACAUCUUGUAAUAAACACUGGAAAACACCCAAGUUUAGUCUUAUUCUUGCAAGAAGGGGAGAUAGAACAAAUUGAAUUGACCUCCGGAUAAUAUUAGUAACAGACACAAUACAGUAUUCUCGACAUAUUUAUAUUUCGCAUGUGUGUUGAAAUAUAUUGGCGAUAUGUUUGAAUAACGGGGAAAAAAACGACUGGAUUAAUUCUAAUCUUGCUAAACAGCGACACCAAGCGGAAAAUUUGGUGCAGUGUUAACUGGCUUUCUUGGUCCGUUCUUUUGAUCGACAUUUUAUUCGGCCAAUCAGACGUUAUUAAAGUCAAACAAUCAGAAAUUGGGGCUGUCAAACGGUUCAAUUAGAAAGCGCUAAGGCGUCGCCAUGAUUGUAUGCCUUGUACCGAAAAAAAAAGAAGCCACUCAGUUUCUGUAGUGACAUAAAAUCAGUGACAUUUUGCCUUUUUAGAAAAAAAAGAAAAAUCGCAAAUCCUGAAAAACACAUUUAAAUUCAUAUUUGGGACCGUUUUGGGCAAUAAUUCGUACCGUGAUUAUAUUUCAUAUUCAUUACUUGAAUCAUGUAAAUAUUUAUUUUUUACAUUGUAUUUAUUUGAAUCAUUUUACACAGUACAAUUUUCAAAAAUGUGAUUUUUAAAAGUUAUUAUUUCUUUAUUGCUUCAAUUUAGUGUCUGCACAUGCACGCCUGCCUUUACACGUGUGUGUUUAUAAUUUUACAGUAUAUUUUGUCGUUGCUAAAUUACGACAAUUGUUUUGUUGUGGUCGGUGCCAUCUUGUAAUAAUUGUAUUUGAUUGUACAUUACUUAGACUAAAAAAUAUAAAAUAAUUGAAUACAAUUAAAUACAUUGAAAUCAG